AUGGCGACCGACGCUGCUGAGACCUCGCGCCGCGCCACGCGCGAGGAAAUGCGCGACGCCAAGGUGCCACUGGCCUACCGCGACAGCUGCGCCCACCUACUGAUCCCGUUGAAUCGCUGCCGCUACGAGACGUACUAUCUCCCCUGGAAGUGCGAGGACGAGAGACACAGCUACGAAAAGUGCCAGUACCUUGAGUUCAAGAAGCGCGUGCAGAAGAUGGAGGAGCUGCGCGAGGCCAAGGGCGGUGCGAGGAGCAACUGA